AUGUCGACCGUGAUCGAAAGCGAGGCUGCCUUUAAUCAGAGAUGUGCUGAAGCUUCGAAGGAUGCGACUCUGCAUACCAAGUUGGUGGCACAAGGCAUCCGGUGCUUCAAGACAUUGGCUUUCGCGAUAGGGUCGCCUCAGCAGCCGCCUACGGAGGCUCAGUUUGAUGAAUUCAGUGUGAAGGUGUACGGAGCUGCUCCUACCAUGGGGCAAACCGCAAUCUUGCGGCAUCUGCACUUCGAAGCCACGACUCUAGUGGUUCAGACUUACCGGGACAUGGUCACCCACGACCCGUCUGAUCCAUCGCAUACCAGGAAGGUUCCGGUCCCUGAAAAACGGGCCAGGCUGGAAUUCCAGAGGCGGCGACUUUCAGGAAUGGAAAUUUCUGGAGAGCUUGAGCCUUCGCAUCAGCUUCUUGACUUAGCAAAUCAGCAAUACGAGUCCGGAGUCCUUACUUGGAUCCCUGCGUCGAAAUGUGCCAAGAGGGAAGCUGAGGUCCUUGCAUUGGGCAAGGAUAGGAGCUCCUUGUUGCAGGUGGAGCAAAACGUCAUAAAGGUGGGGCCUGGUGACCAGGCUAUCGCUUGUGAUGUUUCGGAUCCUCUGCGUUUUCAGUGGGCCAUGAUGCGAAGAGGCAUAGCUUUUGACAACUGUCACCUUCUAUCUUGGGAUGUGCAUCAGAGGUGGGUUCAGAAGAUGCUGGAUUGCCUUUCAGCAACCCCGCCACCGAGUUAUAGCCCAGUCAGUUUGAAUCAAUGCAUGCGUGCGGAUAAGGAGCUUUUUCUGCUCUUGGCCAGGGAGGCUGCGCCUCCUUUCAAGGUGGACUCGCUCGGGGUUUCGCCGCUUGAUGCAAAGUUUUCAGCAAUGAUGUAUGAUGUCCGUCUUCAGCAGUUCCUGUUGCCGCUUCCGAAGCAGACAGCCCCUGUCUUGGCAGUGCCUGUGGAUGAUGGGGCGGAGAGUUCCUCCCAGCCCGUCCCGAAAGGGAAGGCCAAGGCAAAAGCAAAGGCGAAGGCGAAGGACUGCACUGUUGGUGCAGCAGCCGCUGGAGAGCAGACUAAGCCGUUGGUGUACCGUGCUCUUGAGCAGGUGCGGGGCGAGGGCUCUUGCCUCGAUGAAGUCGCAGGUUUGCACCGCGACGAGAACAAUCGUGAUGGCCCUACAUUGUUGGUGCCUUUGACGGACUUUGAGAACGGUGAACUUUGGUUUCAGAAGGUUGGAGGUGAUGUCGCUUCGUUGAAUGACCCUUCUUUGGAGGGCCGUGGAAAGGUCGCAGAGUUGUCAUGCUUGCUUAUUCGGUGCGUCAGUGCGAGGAGCUCCGGCCUGAAUUACGAGCUGCCGUCGCAGCGUGAUGCCGGCAGUGUCCGGCAGUCGGCGGCGGGAAUGUACUUCGUCGAGUUGUGUGCUGGGACAGCCGUUCUUAGUAAGGCAGCUGCAAAGUUAGGCUUCAGGCCUUUUGCAGUUGAUUCCUCUAGAAAGAGGGCUGGUGAACAAGCUGUCAUCAUGGAUUUGAGUGAUCCAGCUCAGGCUGAAGCAGUUGUCGAUUUCUUGCGAGUUGAGUAUCAUCACGUCAUCUGUGUUUUCAUCUCACCUCCGGUGGGCACCGCAUCUUUCAUGCGUGAACGCCGUAAGCCGGGUUCUGUUGAACUUGAUUUGAAGAUGCCAAAUGCUUUGAGGUCGGCGUUGCAUCCGGAUGGCUUGCCGACUUUGCGUGGUCGUGAUAAACUCCAGGUUGAGCGUGCAAAUCAACUGUUUGAUCAGCUUGCAAACAUUGCAUGUGAGGCUUGUGAUCUUGGCAUUCUGACAGUCUUGGAGAGUCCUUCUAACAGCCGUUAUUGGGACACUUCUUUCUGUGCUCAGGUGACCAAUCAUGUGCAGGGUCACUUUGUGAAAUUUCAUGCCUGUGUGCAUGGGGGUCACAGGCCCAAGUUGAUGCAGCUUUGGUCGUCACAGGACGUUUUUGGCAUGCUUGCGGGUCGCUGUGACGGGUCGCACGAGCACAAACCGUGGCGACCUUUCAUUUCGAAAAGGAAGCGGGUGAGCUUCAUCACAGCAGAUGAACCCGAAUUUCCCCCGCUCCUCGUCGAUCGUAUCCUUGGUUGCAUCGUUCAUGCGCAUCCCAGCUUGUCCUUCGGGCCACGUGUGCUUGCGCAGGCAAUACAGGAUCCUUCUGCGAAUGUCGCCAGGAUCAAUCUGGGCACUCAACCCAGGGGAAACUCCUUGCCUUCGCUUGUGUGGGAGUUUGACACUACGUUGGAUUUCGUUGUGCCAGUGCAAUGUGACAAGCCGUUGGAAGCUGUGCUUUCUUCCCUUCCAAAGGGCUCCAGAAUCUUCUCGAGACGUGUGUGUGAGUGGGGUUCGCUGAAGAGUCUCCUCGAAGGAGUUGGCAAGCCAAAAACAAACAUCGUGGGCUUGGACCCUUUGCAUCCGCCUGCUUGUGCAGAGCUUGUGCAAGUCGGUGUACCGUGCUCUGAAGAGGUCUUUGUUGCGAGAGCUAUUGCGGCAGGCCACCCACGGUCCUUGGCAGUCCAUGUUGAGCCUUUCGUCACCGUUAGUGCACGUGCUAACUUUGAGGCUCCUCCGGCAGAACUUGCGUCCUUCAGGAUUGAUGCAAUGAAGUUUUGGAUUGGUCGUGCAGGGGCCCUCAAGGAAAAGGAGCAGGAACUUCACCAAAAUCUCCCUGAUCACCUGCGGCCCAUACUUAAAGGAAAGAAGCUAUUGCUUCUCCAAGAGAUGAUGAGAGCCGCAGGGUGUGAGGAUGUCGACCUUGUUUCUGAUAUAUGCCAAGGUUUCAAGUUGUCGGGCUGGCUUCCCGCGUCGGGUGAGUUUGUGCCGAGGUCCAGACGGCCCAAAUUCAGUGUCGAGACGUUGGGAGUUUUGUCGAAGGGCUUGAACAAAGCGACCUUGCAAAAGCUGUCCAGGAGGCAGGAUUCCGAAAUUGAAGAAUCCACCUGGGUUGAAACCCAAAAGGAGAUUGACGCAGGUUGGGUGUGGCUUGAGGAAGGGCCGGUUCCUGAGAUGGUCUCGAUUGCUAUGCGCUUCGGAAUCAUGCAGAACAAAUUGAGGGUCAUUGAUGACCUUUCUUGUUGCGGCCUAAACGCGACAGUGGGCUUGCUGGAAAAGUUUUGCUUGCAUACGAUAGAUAAGCUUGCGGCCAUGAUGGCUCAUGCCUUUGAUGUCGUGUCCGGUGUUAUGCCUGAGUGCUGCGGCAGAACUUUCGACCUUACAGCAGCGUACAAGCAAUUCGGUGUGUGUGCUGCUGACCGUGAAAGGCUACGCAUUGCUGUCAACAGGCCAGGCCACCACAAGCCGAGCUUCUUGGGCGUAAACGCCCUCCCCUUUGGAGGGGUGGGGUCGGUCGCUGCUUUCCUAAGGAUAAGUAUCGCCUUGUGGAAGAUUGGAAUAGUCCUUUUCAGGCUAUUCUGGUCUGCCUUUUUCGAUGACUACAGCAUAGUUUCUGCGAAGAGCCUGGAAUCGAAUGCCCAGUGGACUGUGGAAACUUUGUUUGACCUGCUUGGUUUCCGCUUCGCAAAGGACGGCUCCAAAGCCGAACCCUUUGGAGUUACCUUCAACAUGCUCGGCCUCUCUGUUGAUCUGUCUUGUGUGAAGCAGCGGAUCCUUCGUGUGGGUCAUACUCAGAAGCGAAAGGAGGAGCUCACCGAGUACAUCCAAACCAUCCUUCAGGAAGGAAAGAUCGACUCGAAGGCGGCCGAACGCCUUAGGGGUCGUAUGGUUUUCUUCGAGGGUUUCACCUUUGGAAGGGUUUCUAACCGGGCUCAGCGAGUUGUUGCAAAGUGCGUGGAAAAGUCUGCCCCUCAGAAUCUUACUGAAGAUUUGUUGUGGGCGUUGACGUGGCUUCGUGAAAGAAUAGCCCUGAGCCAACCUUUAGUUGUCGAGCGAAACCUCAUCACAACACUGAUCGUUUUCACUGACGGGGCUUGCAAUCCAGAGGAAGGCACGGGAGGUGUCGGAGGCGUCCUUGUGAAUGCCUCUGGUACUCCGUGCGAGUUCUUCGGUGAGGCAGUUCCAAGUGAUAUGAUGCAGCAGCUUUUGAGCAUCAGCGCAAAUCCCAUUUUCGAGCUUGAGUUGAUUCCAGCACUGAUCAGCCUUGUCAUUUGGGCAGAGCGCUUGAAAGGAGCUCAAGUGGUGUUUUAUCUUGACAAUGAUGGUGCUCGCCAUUCUCUGAUCCGAACCUUUGGCGGUGGCUCACUCGCCAAUGCUGUGAUUGAAUCUUUCCUUCAGCUUGAAACCACUUUGCAGCUGAAGACGUGGUUCGCUCGCGUACCGACUGCUUGCAACAUAGCAGACAAUCCCUCACGGCUGGAAUUUGAAGACGGCACGGAGUGUAGCAUCCCACGUGGAAAAAUAGAGUUGCGCGAGCAAGGGCCACCCAUCAAGUUGGAUGUGAAAUCUGUUGGAUCUGGGCAGUUCGCUUGCGGCCACUACGACUUGGACUUGGAGAACAGCUCCGAGAAUCGCAUUAUCUGGGUCGACCGAAAGAAUGCUCGAAAGACGUCUACAUGGGAGCGGGUAGAUCGUGACGCGCGUCGCGACAGCCGCAGUCCAAGCCGAAGCCGGAGCCGGAGCCGGAGCCGGCGCCGCUUGCCUCCCCGUGGCAUUCCUCGAGUAAAGGUUGUGCCCGCGGAACCUGAAGGGCCUUGGUCCGCCGGAUACGGCUUGCCAUCUCCUGCGGCUUACUGGGCACAGGCAGCCCCCGCAUGGCCGGAGCCGCGAUCGGCUGCAGCCAGUGGCACCACCCCUGGAGCUUGGGUUCCACCAAGCAUGGAGGAAGUGGAGACUGCGAGCCAGACACUCGCACCUCUGCCUUCUGCUUUGCCGCUGGAAGCAGGUCCUCCGCCGGAGGCCGAAGGCGCCGGCAUCGUCAAGCCCAUUGCGCGGGCCGUGCCUGUGAAAGUCGUUAAGCCGCCGCCUUUGGUGGACGAAAUGGAGGAGUUUGACAAGUUGCUGCUUCAAGCUGAGGCAGGCAAAUGGAAUGCAGGCGAGGAUCAGAUGGUCCCUUUGGAUGUGGAGGGUCGCCUCUUUCAGCUUUGCCAGGUCCUGGCCAGCUGA